AUGAGAUUGUUCAGAUCCCCCCUCCUCGGAGUCGCUUCAGCCCUGUGGCUAAGCCUCUGCACAUCAGUCCAGGCCCAGAAUCCUUCCGCCUCGGGCUCUUUAUCCCUCAACACCAAUCAGCCCUCAUGGACCUUUGACUACUCAACCCAAAAUGCCAACGACCAAAACUGGGUCGGUCUGUACUACACCGCUGGCGGAGGUCCCGUCGAGCAGAAGAAGGGCUCUUCCAACUCCAUCAAGUGGAAAUGGGCGCCCAAAUCCCAAGGCUCCGUCCAGAUCGACAGUGGAAGCCUCGAGCCUGGUAACUACACGGCUUUCUUCCUCGCUAACAACGGUUACACGUGGCUAGCGGAGCCGCUGCAAGUCAUCAAGGGCCGUGAGUUUGGUGGAGAUGUGAGCUUUAUCGUGGCUGAUGUCUCGCUUCCCAAUGCCCGUGUCGGUGAUAAGUACUCUCACAGCAUUCGUGGUCUUGUUCGCGGUGGUAACAGUGAUAUGAGCUUUUCAAGCGAGGGCUCCAAUGCCAACUGGAUCAAGAUUAGCUCUGAUGGUAUCAUCUCCGGGACACCUACUUCAAGCUCUAGUGAGGCCGUUGUCACCGUCCGUGCCACAGGUACCGACUCCGCCUCAUCCGCUGUCUUUACCAUCAAUGUCGCCUCUUCUGGCAAAGCCCUUUUGAGCCAGCUCAAGGUUCUUUCCCUCAACAUGUGGAACGGCGGUACCGGUGUCACAAACUACCACGACAAGCAGGUCAAGUUCCUCGCUUCUUGCGGUGCCGAUGUCGUUGGUAUCCAGGAGGAUCAGCAAGGUCGCCACGUCCCUCGUCUUGCUGAUGCUCUUGGUUGGUACCACUGGUCCAGCGGCGGUGAUGUCGGUAUUCUGAGCAAAUACCCCAUCACUGCCGACUACGGUGUCAUCAGCGGACCUGCUCGAUCUGGUGGUGUCAAGAUUGCCCUUGAUGGCACCAACAAGGAGAUCAACUUCUUUGUCGCCCACUUGGGCUACACUCCCUAUGGUCCUUACGACACAUGCUUUGACCACUACCCCGUUGACAAGAUCAUCGAGCGUGAGGCUCAGUCAGGCCGCACUCCUCAGAUGAAGGCUACCCUUGCUGGUAUGAAGAGUCAGCUUGACAAUGCCGAUGAAGUUCCUACCUUCCUUGUCGGCGACUUCAACGCCCCUUCUCAUCUUGACUACACCGAAGGUCUCAAGAACAAGAACUGCGGUUACUCUGGCAUCAAGUGGCCUACCUCUGUUCUCCCUGAGGAGACUGGUCUUAUUGAUUCUUUCCGCGUUGCCCACCCCGAUCCCGUCAAGGAGCAGGGCAUCACUUGGUCUCCCAUCUACAUCUGGAACGGUGGCCGUCGCCGACCUGAGCCUCUCGACCGUAUUGACUUUGUUCUGCACAAGGGCAAGGGUCUCAAGGUGACUGACUCUCAGACUGUCGUCGUUGGUGAGCCUAAGCCUCAGCCUAACCAUAAAGAGAAUGAGUGGUUCUCUGACCACCGGGCUGUCUUGACGACGUAUGAAAUCUAA